GCGACUCGGAUGUUGUCCUGGCCCAAAAAACAUGAAGGCUCAUUUGAAUAACACAGUAAGAGGUCCAAGCUUGCAGCUCCACAAAGUUAUCCGCGUGGGUGAUAAACUUGACAGUCAGCUGUACACAUUUAUAGUACCAGCACAACUAACUCGCGGAUUUAUUCAGUCAGUACAUUCUAAGGAAUUCACUUAUGCUGGUAUAAAUUGGACGAUUGGAUUGGAGUACUAUACUGACCCUUUGGAAAGCCGAACGCGUCGUGACUCAUUUGUGGUCAACUAUCAAAAACAGCCACUGGGAAUAUCACUGCAAGUGUGCGGGUUGUCUGCAGGAAUGCGUACGCAGUUGGAAUACAUUCGAUUUACCUACCUUCAUCAAGAACACUAUUCACGUAACUUCGUUCGCGAAGAACUUAAACCCACGUUUACAUCUGUCAACAACGCGCUAAAAGUGCCUCGUUGGAUUGAGUCAGGGUUUUUGGCCAAAGAACACUAUCUCUUUGAUGACAAUUCCGGAUUGUUAGAGCUGGAGAUUCGUGGAGCUGUUACAACCUACGAAGAGCAACUACGUAUCCCCCGUGACAAUAAGGAAGCCAUGAGAUGCCGAUCGCUUGAUAGUGCUGGUUUCACCUUCGGUGGAGUAGACUGGAGUGUUGUUCUAGAUUGGGGUACCUCAGCAGAGCAAGCCGCUACAGUUGAUAAAGAGCUUCGGCCCUUAUUCUGCAUUCAGCGGCACAGUAGGUCGAAACAUUGGACGAGAUUGAUCUACCGGGUAACUCUAGGGUGGCACGAAUCCGGUGUAUCCACCUCGGGCCUGAUGGAUCAACUGGUUCCGGCGGAAAGUGGGGCCACCAGCUCCCCCAUUCCUAUAGGUGAUAGGAAGUGGUUUCAUGGAACAUCCGGUCCUUCGCUCACUGCGAAGCACAGGAUAACCAUCAGCAUAGACUUCACUAUGGUUAUGCAAAUCAGUCGGGUUGAUCUAAUUCCGACUUCCCCACAAGGAGGGAAAAACUGUUGUCGUGUAUCAGAUCCCGAGGGUUUCGAAUGGAUUGUGAUGAGCGAUAUAUUAGGCAGUAUGGUAAAACUGCGAUUUUUUCCGGACCCUGAUAAUGUAGUUCCCCAAAGAAAGGAAGAUAACGAGGGCACGACAGCAAUUCAUUCCACUGCCUUGGCGGUGCAACUGGUGCCUUAUGAUCCGACGACCAAAAUUAUCAAGUCGGUUUCGCAUUUCUACGUCAUAUCCGUGCCUUUAACAGCCAAGUCUCCGGUGGAUAGCCAUUUGACUGUGGCCGAGGUUUCGCAGAGCGUGAUAUUGCAACUGGAUGUUGAAAAGGUUUGCAGUGCUGAAUUCGGAUAUUCUAGACCGUCGGACAACUCAAUCACGCUUCGAAUCGAGUGGUUGCAUAUAUGUCACUUAUAUCGUGGUGAGACUCAAAUAUACGAUGAGUUGCUCAGUAUGCAGCAUUAUCAGCUCUAUCGUGAUGUCCAGGCACAAGCUGAUGAAAUAAAACGUCUAGAGGUCUACAAAAAGGAGACAGCCUCAAACCACCAGAAGACGUCCAUAGUCACAGAUGAUGCCAAAAUCUGCAAUCGGAACACGCGGCAGCUCCCUUCCGUUGAGAGUCAACAUGGCCAAAGCAGUACAGCUGCACCCAAUUCACAAAGUAGCAAGACAGCUUGUGCCCAGUCAUUACCCGAUAGCACCAUACACAUGCGUCAUAGCGGUAGCUUCUCUCGUCGUAUGGAGAGAAGACAGAUGAAUGUGCAUAAUGCUUCCAUGCGUACACCUCCCGUACUUAUCAAUGGUAGUCCACAAAACGGGAUUUUAAAGAGUACAAAUACAUCGCCUCCAAACUUGCCACCAUGGAGACGGCAUAGCUCUUGUCUCGAAGAUGUGGGCACAACAACACAGGGCACUCGCCGACGUCUGCCGUCGCCACCUCCAUUAUCAGCAUCAAUGUCAAGGGAUGGUUAUCUUUCGGUGAACGUGCAAGCUUACCACAGCUAUUCCAGUAGCCCUCGAUUGAGCACAAGAAACUCGGCUGGAACUUUGAACUCUUGA